AAAGUAAAUUAUCCCACCACUAAAAUGCUUUUCACUGUUUUAUAACGACAAGUCAGAAGUUACUACUUUAUUGUUAGGAAUUUAGCUACCGUGGUAAAAUGAUUAAACUUACUAUUACUUAUUACACUUGUAUUACAGUAAAUUUUUGCAUGUUUUAGAGGUCGAUUUUAAAUGACAAGCACGGCGGUAGGCCACAGGGAGUGAUCUACCAGCUUGGGGAUGUGUAAUUGAUCACAUUAGUUAUUGAAAACCAGCAAACCGUAAACGCGGUCGAAAGCAUUGAUUUUCGCAUCCAUGCAGGACCAUGCGUCGUACUCCAUGAAUAAUGCGUAUCUCUGGAGUCCCAUCAGAUCCGAUUUAGAGGCGCCAGGAUCAAGGAUGUCAAGUUUAUAGUCAGCUUGCUGCUUGCCUCUGUGUAUUGAUCGUCAAUUGUGUUCCGAACGUUCUGGAAGCAUUAUUGUGACAUUAUUUCGGAAAUCGGAAGAAUGGCAGCGAAACCAUCUCGACGAAUACCAUCCCAAGAUAAGUCGAAGGGCUCGGCUGGUGUUGCUGAAAACGCUGAAAGCAGUGAGCUGACCACUAAUGCCGUUGACGAUCAACCUGUGCCCAGCGGAGAUCUCCAUUUGAACCUUACCCGGCGAUCACCAGGCGCCAAAUAUUUGGAUGUGCUCCGCAUGGAACGAUUGCUCGAGAAGCUGGUUCUUCUUGACUAUAACCAAAUUCUGCAGCAAAAUGGAUCGGGCAUGGCAAACCUCCCCAGGAAUUACUUUUUAUCGGGAAAUCUCAAUGCUGGAACCAUGACGUUUCAGACAUUUGCUACCUUGGCCGUUUGGAUGAUCGGCCAGCUUGGGAUUCAACUGCGAGCACCGGAAGAGCGCGACGAUCCCAAUUUAACAGUUACCAGUAUUUUGGAAUCUCUGCGAAAGUUGGCUGUUCCAGUGGAAACGACUUCACAUCGUUUGCGAAGUGGGUCGGGAUCUGAUGUGAUUGCUGUCCUGUAUGAACUGGCAACCGCAUGCUUGAAACAACGGGAAGAAUUUCGGCCGCCCGUGUUUCCCGAAGCUGUUAGCCAUCAGGAAGAUCUAGACGAAGAGGGCCUGGAUGGAGGCGAGGAUGCGGAAGAUUUUCAUAGCAUACCGUUUUAUGAUUGGGAACAGGAGGAAGUGGCAGACGCCAUUGUCGAUGACGAGGGAAUUUCUCCCGGCGAUGCCUUGUCCGCAUCGGAUGUGAAGGCCCGGCAGAAAGCUGCCGAAGAGUGGCAAUUGGAAGCAGAUCGUGUGGCACCUUUUUUCGGUCAACCGGAUCGAAUGGGUAGUGAUAGGCUGGGUUGGAGUGAUCGGAUUAAAAGGCUUGAUGUUUGCUGGAAAGAGUUGGAUCAAAAUGUAGGGAAUGUGUCGAAGAAACUGUUGAAUGUCAGCGCAGAAAUGGGACGUUCUAUGGAGAAAUUACGCAAUCGAGAGAAGUUUAUUAGCGUUAAUAAUAAAGACAAAAUCGAGAAAUAUCGAAUUGUGAGUGCAAAGUUAGCUGCCGCUAAAGCGAAGUACGAAGCCCAUAAUACGGAAGUGGAAACGAAUGCCCAGAAACUUGCGGAUGUAACGGCGGAAGUUGAUAAGCUCAAGCGACAGUUGGAAGCGAAGAGUAACAGUGCCGCUGAUCGUCUUGCCAUCACGAGUAUGCGUGCCGCUAUGAAACGCAUGAAGGAGGAAAUUGGCGUUUAUAACAUCAGAAGUGCCAUCGCGGAAAUGCGGCUGCAGGAAUUAGCCGAAGAUCUGCAGAAUGCUGAGAUUCAAGAAAAUUUAACCAGCAUAGAGACCGUGGGAAUUCUGCCUGGAGUUAAAGAUUAGUCAGUAUCGAUUCGGGUCUUGGGAAUGCGGAAGCGGUUUUUGCGAUCCCCUUUUGCAAAUAAAUUCAGUGCGAUCUCAAAUUUUGUGAUAUUACUGUACAUUUUUUCGUGUGCCCCUCUGCGUUACUAGCCUUUUUCGUCCGAGUGAUUAUUUUUGGUUGCCCGUUGCACGUGAAAUCCGUCCUUUUGCAAGUGCGUUUUUAUGUCCCAUAAUGUGCACAAUUUGAUUUCUUGUUGUUUUUGAUCUCUUGCAGAGGAUAACGCAGAUAAGCUAGCGCCUUUCCAGUUUUAUGUACUCUUGCCUUUAUCUUUUUGUGCAGCCACGUUUAUUCUUUGACAUUCUUUGCGAAUAUUCUUUGACUUCUUUCUAUUUACUUGAGACAAUGACAAAUAAAAAAUGGA